AUUCCACCAAUCACAGCGAAGCACCGGCACCGCUCAGCCAAUCAAAGUUGCCGACGCCGAGCCCGACCUUUCUGCGGCCGAACGAUAUUUCAGAGAGAAGCGUCACUAAAGCAGCUGUAAACCAGUCAGUGCUUAUCACCGUCAUCAUCAUGGCCUCUGGAGCGUUGUUCCCCAGCAUGGUGUCUGGGUCCCGCGGCUCCUCCAGUAAGUACCUGGUGGAGUUUCGUGCCGGUAAGAUGACCAUGAAGGGCAGCACGGUGACGCCUGACAAGCGUAAAGGUCAGGUCUACAUCCAACAGACGGACGACUCCCUCAUCCAUUUCUGCUGGAAGGAUCGGACCACCGGGAACGUGGACGAUGACCUGAUCAUCUUUCCUGAUGACUGCGAGUUCAAACGGGUGAAUCAGUGCACUACCGGACGAGUCUAUGUGCUGAAAUUCAAAGCUGGCUCCAAAAGACUCUUCUUCUGGAUGCAGGAGCCAAAGACUGACAAGGAUGACGAGUACUGCCGCAAAGUGAACGAGUAUCUUAACAACCCGCCCAUGCCCGGUGCUCUCGGCAGCGGCGGCAGCGGAGGACACGAUCUGUCUGCGCUCGGAGGUGAGGGUGGCCUGCAGAGCCUUCUGGGUAACAUGAGCCACAACCAGCUGAUGCAGCUUAUUGGACCAACUGGACUGGGAGGGAUUGGUGGUCUCGGGACACUGGCUGGUCCAGGCUUGGCCAACCUUCUUGGAAGUAGUAGCAGCAGCAGCAGCAGCAGCGUUCCUGCAGCCAGCAACUCCUCCACAAGUCCGUCCACAGCCGUCACCCCAACCUCUACCUCCGCUGCUAGUCGGCUCGGCUCCUCCCAGGUUCCCACCACUCCCAUCACUCCCUCUGCCACCUCAGCGGCCUCCCCAACAGCCACCACCCCCUCCACCCCUGCUGUGUCCUCCGUGGCGGCAGCAGCAGCCAACCCCACGCAGCCCAUCCAGCUGAGAGACCUGCAGAGCAUCCUGGCCACCAUGAACGUACCUGCCAGCAGCCAGGGAGUGGACCUCGCGAGCGUCCUGACGCCUGAGAUCAUGGCUCCCAUCUUGGCCAAUCCUGAGGUUCAGCAGAGGUUGAUGCCCUAUCUGCCCUCCGGAGAGUCCCUGCCUCAGAGCUCAGAGGAGCUGCAAAACACGCUGAGCUCACCUCAGUUUCAGCAGGCUAUGAGCAUGUUCAGCAGCGCUCUGGCGUCCGGGCAGCUGGGGCCUCUAAUGAACCAGUUUGGCUUGCCUGCAGAGGCCGUCGACGCUGCUAACAAAGGAGAUGUGGAGGCUUUUGCUAAAGCCAUGGAGACGGAGACAAAGUCUGAUCAAGACGGCGACUCCAAAGACAAGAAAGACGACGAUGAAGACAUGAGUCUGGACUGAGCGCUCUUUUAAGAAAUAUUAUUAUUUAAUGUAUUUAUUUUGCUGCUUAGCUGCCGUUUUAUUCCCGCCACACCUCAAGGGUAAAGAUUGUGGUUGAUGUAGUGGAAAGUGUGACUCCCAGCUGAUAGUGCUGUGUUGAAUUAAUAUCUACUGAUGUAACUGGGUGAACAUGUACUCCACCUGCAUGUCAGCUACUAGCCUAUCCUGUCCAAACAUGAGGGAACAGUAAAAAUAAUAGAAACA